AUGGAUCUUAUGAUUUCAAUGGAGAACUAUCUAUCCUCCAGCAAUUUCUUGAAGGAAUAGAUACUUUUUGAAAAAGCAGUCAUUGAAAAAAUUCAAACAGUAUGCUUUAAGCAUGAAAAAGAGUAAGACUUUUAGAGUUGCAAAAAGAAAUUUACCAGCUUUAGAAAAUCUUACAAAUAUUUUGUUUAAAACUAUUUGGAUUAUCAAUAAGAGAAAAUCCGCAAAUAAAUGGAAGAAAAGUGCUUAAAGAUUAAGUAAGAUGAUUAAUUCGUAGAAUGCAUUAAUAAUGAAGGUAAUAAGACUGUUCAUAUUAUUAAUGAGACAUAGCUCUUUGUAAAGAAUUUAAGGAGAGAAAUGAUGAAAGAAAUUAUAUGA